AGUCUGCUACGUCUCUGGUGGCUGGUAAAAAUGAAGCACCGCUGUCCAUCAGAGACACAAAAUGAGCUUGGAUGUUUUUCCCCAGUCUACAGUUCCCAUGAAUCAGCCCCAGUUGGUCAACAAGACCAAUGUCUCAUGAAAAUACUUCCCUUUUUAUUCUUCCCAUUUUUUUUUUUAAACCUCUGAGUACUGGCUAUGUGUCCUCGUCCAAUGUAAGUUUGUGAGCGUAUCCGUGAGGUCUUUUCCAGCAUUCUUGGACUUAUGCAGGAAUUCACUGGUGUGUGGGUGAGGGAUCCUCGCAUCCAGAAAGAAGAUUUCUGGCAUGCUUACAUGGAUUAUGAAAUCUGUAUACAUACAAACAGUUUGGCCUUCACAAAGAAGAGUUCCUGUGUGCGGCGUAGAUACAGCGAGUUUGUGUGGCUAAGAAAAAAGCUACAGGAAAAUGCUAUGCUCAUAACACAUCUACCCAAACUUCCUCCAAAAAACCCAUUCUUCAGUCUCAACAAUGCCAGAGAGAUCGGAGCCCGUAUGGAAGGUCUCAGGAAAUUUCUAGAAGAGGUGGUUCACAACCCCGUGCUGCUUUCGGACAGCUGCUUACAUCUCUUCCUACAGUCCCAACUAAGUGUGAAAAAAAUCGAGGCCUGUGCUAAAGGCCGAAGUCGCUACACCGUCUCUGAGGCCAUUCACAGUUUCGGCUCAGGAAUCAAACGCUUUGAAUCUCAGUCUGAAGAGAGCAUGGAAGAAGAUGACGAUAUGCAGUGUGAAUCAGAGUGAUAGACUAUUUUCUACUAAACACAUAAAGACAUUGCUAAGGAAUAUAACAUUCAACAAUGAAGGUUACAGCCCAUGAGGAGAGACAGUGGAACAGAAAAAAAAGUAACUGUCAUUGCUGAAACGGUGUUGUUUUGUCUCGCACUCAUACUUUCUAUAUUGAUAAAUCUGUAUUGAUGAAGAAGAUAACCUAAUAAAUUAUUUAAACCACA